AGACGUGCCAGGCCUUCGUGCCAUCUGUCUCUGGGAUGUCUGGGGGAAAAGCUUGCUGAGGUCGCCGCCGAUUACCUUGGCAUCGCACACGACGCCAUCGACGGUCGAUCUCGCUGCGGCCACUCUCCUCGUUCGCGUCCUCAUGCAAUCGCAGGAUCCGGCCAUGAUUGUGCUCGGUGUGCAGUGCGCCAGUCAUCACCGUGCGUGGUGUCGUGACGCGCUGCCCGCUCGGAUGUGCUGCUCGACGGCCGGAUCCCGCGGUCGCUCAGGCGGAGCAAGUCCAGCAGGACGACGAGUCGAUGCUGGGCGUGUCUACUGAGCGAGAAGACACGAACAUGCUUCAGGGCGGCGAUGCUGCCGCUCUGGCCAUGCUCGAGUCUUCUGCGUCGCGACAUGCACGAAGCAUCGACUCGACGUCCAUCCGCGUCGAGGCGACAGUAGUCCGGACUCGCAUGCCAGACUGCCGCCGAUCUCGACAUCGAGCAGGUCCGCAUCGUCAGCUACGUGCGCCCACGGACGAGCUAUGUGCACGCCAGGUGUGUGAUCCGACGAGCGAACGGCUUCGACGCAGGCGCCAAGACGGCGCCCGUCUCGUCACCUGCGUCGGAACCGCUUCUCUCGCAGACCACACGCGCAGCGUGUGCCAGCCCGUCCGCUAUGCCGCACCAGCUCGUCGUCCGCAACGCCGCACAGCCACUCCAGCUGGCGAUGCCCUUCACAUUCGGUCGAUCGCGCACCUCUCCGUUUAUCAUCCUUUUUAGCUCGCGCCGCGCGCGGGAGCUCUGGCGGACGAUGAAAGGGCAGUGCUGGAUCGACUUAGUGCGUCUGUGCACCACGCCGGCAAGCUGCCUCUUCUCCUUCCAUUCCUCUCUCUUCAUCUAU